AUGCAUAUCGUGCUGGAGACUGCUGAGCUUCUUGGCCUCAUCUGCUCCGAACUAGCUGCCGCCAAUGCUCACGAAAGCUUAGCCACACUGGCUCGGACUUCCCCAGCAUUCACUGAAAGCGCACUGGACGCCUUGUGGCUUUCGCAGGACACCAUCUUCAAUCUCAUUAGACUCUUGCCGGACGAUUUAUGGGCUUUGGAUACAGAGAAGCGCGUGGUCUUCAUUCGCGCCACCAACGAAACCGACUUCGCUCUAUUCCUCCAAUAUACCAAACGCGUGCGCCAUCUAACGUGCAGUGUGUUUUAUAUGGGUCGUGGACUCCCCAGUGGAGCUCAAUGGGUUAACAUGCGGAUGGUAUUCGACAGCCUCUUUGACCGUUUCCGCCACACCGUCAUUUUCCCCAAUAUCAGGAGGCUUGGCUGGGUAGUGCGAAAUACCGAACACUACAACCCGUGGCUGUCUCUUUUCCUCGGUCCAUUCCUCCAUUCCAUUGAUGUCGCAUAUGCGGGAAUUGGAAGCGAUGCUCUCUUGUCCCUCAUCCGCCAGUCGACGAGCGUUCAAUCCUUGACACACUGUCGACUGUCCGGCGCCCCGGUGUCUCUUCCCGCAAUGCAGCAUGUCUCUGCACUCCUUCAAAGGCUCACCGCUGUUAAGGAGCUUGUGAUCUCUAAUCUCGACGUGCCUGCGACGCAAACACUUGGUCAACUAAAACACCUAAAGACCCUCGACAUUUUUCUUCCAGUUCCUGCUGAUGCACCGCUGGGGUCUAUCGUAGCGCACAGCCUCCCAUUCUCGUCGCUCGAAUCACUUACGACCACUGUUGACAAUUCAUGCGGCGGAGAUCUCCAGCAACUGCACGAUUUCUUCCAGUUGUGGGAAGCUGGGAGUGUCCCCUUGCGAACUCUCCAAACGACUGUCAUAGAUGAGAUACCCAGUGCGGGGCUUCUCAAGGACAUAUUUUGCCUCCUUGCUGAUGGUUGCGCGCCAAACACUCUGCAGACUAUGAUCUUCGUUCUUCAAGCAAACGACCGAGUUAUUCGAGCAUCCACGACAUCUCCACACAUUGGCGUCGCUUUACGACCCCUCCUCCGCAUGGCCAGCCUUUCCAACGUUAACAUCGAGCUGCCAUUCGGAAUACACGUUGAUGAUAGCUUCCUCGGAGAUGCCGCCCAGUCCUGGCCACACCUGAAACGUCUAACCCUCGCGCGCUCGCAAGCCGACCCAGAUGACACUGUAACUGGGCCCAUCCCUCCCUCAGUCCCCCCUCCGCGGAGUCCCAGGCCACGCGCGACUCUACUUGGCCUUGCUGCACUUGCGCAACACUGUUUACAGCUCGAAUAUCUCUCGCUGUCCGUCGACACGACCAUUCCGGCUCCAGAAUCAUGGCCAGACAUUCUCGGGCUGGGAUCGACAGCGCCCACCGCCGGCAGCAAGCCAUGGCCCGAGCGCAACACAUGCCCGCUGACCUGCUUCAAUACGCGCGACUCGCCGGUCACGAACCCCCCUUGCGGUGGGCUGGUUUCUCGGUGUUACGUUCCCCAGUCUCCAGGAAAUCAAGACACCGCAUAUGAUGCCCUCCGAGAUAUUUGA